AUGUAUGCCGUUGUCUGCAUAGGCGGAACUGAGAUAAAAAUGUUGGUAGAUACAGGAGCAACUGUUACUUUGCUUUCGGAGAGAGCUUACGACAAAGUUCAACAAUCAAAUGGCACCUCUGCUAUAGACAAAGUAAAGCAAGCUUUUAUGACCGCUGAAGGCAGAUCUUUGAAGGUGUUCGGAAAGUUUGUGGCCAAUAUUCAAUUGGGUGAUAGGGAAUAUCUUUCACAAAUAGUAAUAUCAGACAUUACUGUAGAUGGAAUCAUUGGCUUAGAUUUCAUGACUGAACAUAAAUGUUCGUUAGAUAUACCUAACAAGGUAUUAUGCAUCGGCGGAGAGAAACACUCGUUGUUGCUCGAAGGUACGCUAGGAUGUUACAGAGUUGUUGCUUUAGAAUCGUUCGUUGUUCCAGCUAGAAGUGUAAUCAUCACAACUUGUGAUGUGUGCGUGCCAGAUGGGUUAAACUUUUCCAGUGGUUUGGGGAUCGUAGAGCCAAAGGACUGUUUGAUAGCGACUAAUAGAAGUCUGGUGGGGAGGACUUUAGUAAACAAUGAAACUAGAGUACCUGUUCGGUUUAUGAAAAAAGUGUUAGAGACAACAAAAGCGACCGACCACCAAAUGACUUGGUCAAGGGAACUUGAAACUCUGAGUGAAGUCACGAAAUAUAGGUUGAAUCAAGAGCAAAGAAAGGCAGUGGAUAAGCUUGUUGAGAACUAUGCCUUUUUGUUUGCUAGUUCAGAUAACGAUCUCGGGAGAACAAACAUAGUCAAACAUAAAACUAACACUGGAGAUGCUCGUCCUAUAAAGCAACCACCAAGGCGACUGUCAGUCCACAUGAGGGAAGAGGCAGAUAAAUUAGUAGAAGAUAUGCUACGGUGA